UUCAGAAUCAUCAGUAUUUGGAGAGAAAAAGAAUGUUAAGGAAAAGCAAAACAUUAAUUUUUAAAUACUUUCUUAAUCUCUUUAAUGGAGCUUUCUUGGUUUUUGGACUUUUACUUAUGGGAUUUGGCACAUGGCUUUUAUUAGAUAGAAAUAAUCUUUUCACAGCUUUGGAUGAAAAUAAUCACUUGAUACUAUAUAUUUUUCGAAUUUUUGGUGGAACUGGAUUGGCUACUGUUCUUCUUUGUCUCUUGGGUUAUUUGGGAAUUCACAAUGAAAUCAGAUGCCUCUUAAUUCUGUAUGCAGUACUGUUGACGUGGGCCUGUGGUGUUCAGGUUGUACUUUCAGCACUCAUCUUCGCAAAGAAAGAGGAGGUUCAUCAAGUAUGGCAUGAAAAAAUUGAUUUAGUCAUUUCUCAAUAUGGAUCUAAAAAUAUGCCUGAAGACAUACCCAAGUGGACUAUUCUGAAUGCUGUACAGAGAACAUUACAGUGUUGUGGCCAAGACAAUUACACAGAUUGGAUGAAGAAUAAGAAUAAAGAAAAUUCAGAACAAGUGCCAUGUUCUUGCACAAAUUCUACAUUAAGAAAGUGGUUUUGUGAUGAGCCACUGAAUGCAACUUACCUAGAGGGUUGUGAAAAUAAAAUCAACACAUGGUAUAAUGCUAAUGCUUUAACAUUACUUGGAAUUAACUUUGGACUUCUGGCUUCAGAGGUUUUGCAAGUCUCAUUAACUGUUUCUUUCUUCAGACAUAUUGGGAAUAGAAUAUAUGCAGAAAAGUAAUUUUGGAUUUUAAUUUGUCCAGAGGAACCAGUUAAUUCUCAAAAUAAUCACAUGUAUUCUUUUAUUCCAAAAUAAGGUUUUGAUUUACAUUAAUUAAGUUUAGGACUUAUUGAAGUCAUUGGUUAUAUGUAAUAUAGAAUUAUUGAGUAUUAUAAUAAAUUACUCCAUGAAAUUUUUAUCAGUUUGGUUUUUCAAAAUAUCAAAUUCUGCAGUUCAGAACUUUAUGUUGACUUAUUUUCUGAAUUCAGAGGCUAUCAUUGCAUAUACUGAAUUCAAAAUGUGGUGAAGUAUCACAUGUUUUUAGUUUCUUAUGUAGAAAAAAUACCUGUAUAAUGUUCAGAAAAUACUAAUUAAAUAAGCAAUUAUAACAUGUACUUUACAUGUGCAAAUUUUAAGGAAAGAACACUGAUUUAUAGGAGAUUUAAGAGAAAGAUUGAACUUCAUGACACUGAUCUUUAAACUGAAUUAAUCAUUAAUUUUUCUCUUCUGAUAAUGCUUGCAAGUGGAUAAUAAUAAACUUAAAAUUUUAGAGAUUUGGAUAUACUUUGGUGGCAAUAAUAUAUUAAAAUAACAAUAAAUUUUUAACUGUGGCAAAAAUAUUCUAUUCUAAAUGAUCACUGAA